CGAGUGACGACUUCAACCUGGGCGACGCCCUGGAGGGCUUCGACCUGGAGGACGCCCUGCCCGGCGGCGGCGGAGGAGGCGCAGGAGAGAAGCCGGGAAACCGGCCCCAGCCGGACCCGAAGCCGCCAAGGCCACACGGAGACUCAGGCGGCAUCUCGGACAGCGACCUGGCAGACGCCGCGGGCCAGGGUGGUGUGGGGCCACGC